AUGGCACUGGCUAACGUCCUGCCAACGUCCUACGAGCAUUAUACUGCCGGUGGAAUCCACGUGGGUUUGAACGCGGACAAACCGUAUUUCACUCUGAACGAAAGGAACAUUACUAUCUACAGCGGGGCUGUCCAUUAUUUCCGGGUUCCGAAGCCCUACUGGAGGGACAGGCUGCGUAAGCUCAGGGCUGCAGGUUUGAACACAGUAGAAACAUACGUCCCGUGGAACCUGCAUGAGCCUCAGCCUGGCUGGUUCGAUUUCGGUCAAGGCGGUUCGGAUAUGCAGGAUCUGCUGGCAGUAGAGGAAUUCUUGAAGAUCGCUAAGGAGGAGGACUUGUUCGCCAUCGUGAGACCUGGACCGUUCAUUUGUAGCGAAUGGGAGUUUGGCGGGUUGCCUAGUUGGCUGCUGCGAGAGAAAAAUAUCAAAGUGAGGACCUCGGAUGAGAUCUUCAUGAAAUACGUUACAAGGUACUUCAAUGUCCUCCUACCUCUUCUAGCCCUGUUGCAAUUCACCAGGGGCGGUCCCAUCAUAGCUUUCCAAGUAGAAAACGAAUAUGGCAGUACCUCGAACCCAGGAAAAUUCAUUCCUGAUCGCAACUACCUCCGCCAGCUACACAGAAUCAUGACAGGUAACGGUUUGGUGGAAUUGCUGGUGACCUCGGAUAGCCCCACUCUCAGCGGAACCUCUGGGACCCUUCCAGGAGUAUUCCUGCAGACAGCGAACUUCGGAGGCAACCCUAAACCGGACUUCGACAAGCUAAAGGAGCUCCAACCGAACCGACCUAUCAUGGCAAUGGAGUUUUGGACAGGAUGGUUCGAUCAUUGGUCGGAAACACACCACACACGUGGCGAUGAAGAUUUUUACAACACCUAUGAACUCAUACUAAAGUAUCCAGCUUCUGUGAACAUGUACAUGUUUCACGGUGGGACCAGCUUCGGUUUCAUGAAUGGUGCCAAUCUGGAGAACUCCUUGAGCGACAACUCAGGCUUUCAACCUGAUACGACCAGCUAUGACUACGAUUCUCCUCUAAGUGAAAGCGGAGAUUAUACUCUGAAGUAUGUUAUGGUGAAGGAGUUGUUGGAGAAGUAUAAUCCAGUAAAGACAAGAAUACCUCAGACACCACACCAGGCAAGGAAAAUCAGUCACGAGCCUCAAGAAAUCCAAAGCCACCUACCCUUCAAUGCAUUACUGAACCUCUCACCGAAAUUGGUCAGCCAGCAACUCGUACCCAUGGAGAAUCUUCCCAUCAACAAUAUGUCAGGCCAGAGUUACGGUUACAUAGUAUACAGAAAACGACUAGACAUACCUGCUAACUCCACACUGACAAUAGGAGGAAGAAUCUGCGAUACCUUGAUAGUCCUCAUUAACGGCAAUAUGGUAACGAAGCCAGUCAGCAAUGUCAAUGAUCUGAACAAGUUUGGGUCUUGGAGAUUGAAAAAUUCCAAACUGUCUUUAGGAACCCAGAAUUUAGUUGGCGCAACGCUCGAUUUGCUUGUAGAGAACUGGGGACGGGUGAACUUUGGAUAUCUAGAUCAGUUCAACCAAUAUAAAGGGCUUUGGCAAGAUGGCGUUUAUCUGAACAACAAGCAACUGUCUGAUUGGGAAAUUUUUCCUCUAGAAUUCAAGAGAGCUUGGACUCGAAGCUUGUCAGGCUGGAAAGCUCCAAACAAACCACCUAUUGCAGGUCCAGCUUUAUACAAAACCAGGCUUUUUGUGAACAACACUUUGGACACGUAUCUGGAUAUGAGUGAUUGGUACAAAGGCAUUGUUAUCGUGAAUGAUUUCGUGUUGGGGAGGUACUCGAGAAUCGGGCCACAGCAAAGUCUGUAUUUGCCUGGGCCGUUUUUGCAACAAGGCUGGAACGACAUAAUCGUUUUUGAGCAUUAUAUUCCAGCUAAACAAAUCACUUUUUCGAUCAAGCCUAUUUACAAGACUAGGUUCCGGAACAAAGCUCUACAAUUGGUAGACCAUCUACUUGGAUAA